AUGGUCAGCAAUUCUGCUAUCAUCGUUAUCGUGCUCGUGUGUGCCCUCACAGCCGUCUCACUCGCGGCGGGUAUAUUUACUGUCGUCAACCCUGCCACCCAUAUGCUGUCGGCACCGAACCCAGAGCAACAAAAGUAUAUGCGAGAAGUCAGAAUUAGGCAAUUCCGUCAGCUGCGACGAGAAAGAAAUUUCAGAACUGAGAUUUUUCCAAGAGCAAUAGUGAACAUUGAAAGCCAUCCAAGCCUGGAAAGUACGAACGAGCCGUGA